AGUUAGAUAUGAAACUUGGAGCUGCUGGGGAGCAACAGACAAGUUUUUGGACGCUAAAAAAAGCCCCUUCGUGCCACUGUGCGGGGUUUGGCGCUUUUGAGAAGGUGAAGAGGAAACGUGGAUGAAGGUGCAACCUCUUGACCCCCCUGGACACCGCUGAGCGUCUCUCACUGUGAUGGAUGCAGAGGUGGGUCUGCAGGAGGAGGACAUGGAGGGGUCGUGGACUUUACUGUCCUGGCUGGCGUCCUGCCUCAUGGUGUUCGGGGGAGCCCUGCCCUAUGUGCCACAGUACCAGGAGAUCCAGAGGAGCAGCAACAGCGAGGGCUUCUCCACCAGAGUCUGCCUGGUGCUGCUCAUAGCCAACAUCCUGCGCAUCUUCUUCUGGAUAGGGAAGCAGUUUGAGCUCACCCUGCUGCUCCAGAGUGUGGUGAUGAUCAUCACCAUGUUUGCCAUGCUUCACCUCUGCUGCACGGUCCAAAACACCAACCGAGUGAGCACCAAGCAACACAGACUUUCAGACUUGGACUUUCGCUACUUCUGGAAGUGGAGCGUGUUCGAGGACUACCUGCUCUUCUGCUUCGGCUUCACUGUGCUGUGUGCACUUAUCACCUUGCUGCUGCUGGACUCUGCUGUGUUUGUGGAGACGCUGGGUUCCCUGGCCGUGAUGUUUGAGGCCAUGCUGGGUCUCCCACAGCUGCUGCAAAACUUCCACAACCGCUCCACCAAAGGCAUGAGUGUGAAGAUGGUGCUUCUGUGGACAGCCGGUGACAUCUUCAAGACCACCUACUUCGUGAUGAACGAAAGCCCGGCUCAGUUCUGGGUUUGCGGUUUGGUCCAGAUCCUAAUCGACGUGGCCAUCCUGCUGCAGGUCCUUUUCUACAGCCAAGACACACGGGUCAAGCUAGGUUGAACGUGACUGUUGCUUUGGGCAAAGUAAAAAUCAGGGCUUCUGUGUGAAUUUCAAUGAGUCUAAUCCUUUUAGUCUUUAUAGUGUUCAGCCUUCAGCCAAAGUAUUGUGGGUAUCAUGCAGAGCCAAACAUUUUAAAAGUGCAAUUAAGCAAAUAUUUUUAACCUUGAACAAAUUCCAAAUAACACAACACAUUUUCCUUUAAAUUGUUAGUGAGAUAAAGAAGUAUUUUGGUGCAUUUUCAGCAUUUUAUACUAUUUAUUUGUUCUGUGUUGAACGUUACUUGGAUCCUGAAGUGUAGUGGACAUAGAAACUGUAAGAGGGAAACAUUACUCACGUUGGCAGCUCACUAACAGAAGGUGUGUGCUGCUGUAAUGGCAGCUGUAACAACCAGUCCUACACUAGUAGCCCUGCACUGGAAUCUACUGCCUGACUGAUGAGUCUCCCUCUUCACACUCCACACGUCCAUGGACUGUUCUCAUGAUACACAGAUAGAGUGUGUGUGUGUGUGACACGCUUUCUGGUGUGUCUGCAGCUGUAUUUGAUUUUUGCUGUUGGCACCCAGCGGCAAGCCAAGGCCACAAUCUGUGUGUUAUGACUCUACUUUGUGGUUUAAUUGACAAGAAUUGCAAGUCUUCCACAGGGUGUGUGAAAACCAUGAAGAACUGUGGCCAUGCUGCAAUGCUUUGCACUGUACCUCAGUCACAACAUCUUUUGUAUACUCCAAAGAACAAGUCAGACUUCAGGUCAAAAUAUGUAACUUAAUUAACAGUGUUACUACAUAUUUGUGGCAUUCUCUAGUGUCCCAUCGUCUGCUGAUUCUUUGAUGUCUUUUUGCUCUUCCAAAUGGUCUCAAAGAACCAGUCAUAAGCAUGGUCGAUAAGCAAUGGUUAAAUCAACAUGCUGAGCAGGAAUAUUACAGUAGACUGUAUUUUACCUUCAUUUAUUGAACACAUUUAGUGUUAACACUCAACUAAACAGGAAAAGACUUGAAUGUGCAGGAAACGUAUGAAUGAAAAGUCAACCAAGUGAGACUUGGUUUAGUUUUACAGAAGAGAUUUAAAUCUCAAGGGACUUCCUGGUUAAAUAAAGGUUAAAAUAAAGUGCUAAAAAAAACUUUUACUUACUUUUAGGGACUUUAUAAAAGUUAUUGCCAUCCAGAGGGCUCUAAAUCUUACGUUCCACAUUAUAAAUAUUUUCUUUCUCCUUGAAUUAAAAGAAAUCUGUAACAAUAUCCCAAUAUCUGAAAAAUAAUAUUGAACGAUAUUGAAUUGGUACAACUUGUUAAAUUGUGUACCGCAAUUUAAACCUUAAUAUCUUCAUGUAACUAUGCUAUAGCCACCAACACACACAUUUGAAGUGGAAGUGCACAAAAUAUUAAAUACUCCAGUCAAGAGAGUGACUGGAAUGUUUAAUAUUUUGUGACCACCCACUGCCCUCCCAGAAACGAAUACUUUAGCCAAAAGAAAACGUAUCCUCCUCUUUUCGUACCCCCAAAUCAAUUCUCAGACGGUGCCUUUAGAUUAGAAUAUUUAGUUUCCCUUUCAUUGCAUGUUUAGUCAUUCCUAGACAAGCCAUCUAAAGUAGAAAACAAACUUUGAAAUGUCUUCAUUCACCCAAAAAUGCCCCAUUAAACAGAGGACAGUUUAUGUAAUGCUUGCCAUUACAGAAACAUUAACACCUUAUUUAUCCAUUCCAGCCUUCCAAAAUGCACAAAUAUUUUAUUUAGAAGUUCUGUUUAUAACCCAAACACUAAUCUACCAAUAUAGUCUCAUGGAAAGUUGUGGCUCUUUCACCCGUUUCUUGAUAGUUCCGUCUUCCAAAAGCACUGCAGGCUAAAACACAGCAGCAGCAGCAGCUGAUCAGUAGUCUGCGCAGGUUUCUUUUUUCCUCCCCUAGCCAUGAUUUAAUUAAGUAAUAAAGCCACUGUACCUGCUUAUGAAGUCUCUCAGUCACCUUUUUAACUUAGCAGCCAAUUUGUGUCCAUCUCUUCAUCAAUACCUGUCUGUCUUUAGUUUCUCUUCAGUAAACAUCUCGUUUAAAUUACACACUGCAGUGCAAGCUAGCUGCUUCCCCCGUUUCCAGUCUUUAUGCUAAGCUAAGCUAACCGCCUGCUAGCUGGAGCUUCAUAUUCACUGUACAAACAUGAGAGUGGUAUCAGUCUUCUCAUGUAUCUUUCAGCAAUAUAUUACAUUAUCAGUCUUUACAGGCAUUAUAAGGUCACAGGCCAAAGGAGAAUCAAACUUAAUCUAAAAGUAGAAGCACUUCCUUCUGUUUUUUGUGUCAGUUUAUGUCAUGUAUAUGUGUAUGUGUACAUAUGAAAACAACAAACAUUCACAAGGAAUGUUGGAAUAUCUCGGCAUUAUGUGUUGAUGGAUGCGGCUCACUUUGCCACAUCAUGUAUAAGUCUAUGCAUCCAUUAAAGCCUCUCUCCUGGUGCUGUAAUACAUGCCAAAUAUUUUUGGGAUUGGUCACAAUGACAUUUAUCGAGGGUUGCUGAUACACUUUUCUGAUGUCCAGCUAAUACUGCAGGCUGUCAGCUUUGUUGUUCUGUGACCUUCCAUUGUGGGUAUGCAAUGUGGGUAUACAUGCAUUCUUCAAUUCCAGUUAUCUUACAUUACAUCACCAUAUUGUAAGAUGUAUGUGGCUUAUCGUCUGCACCCUGCAUACCACAGCUGGAUUGCAGUUGCAUUAUUUUUGUAUUCUAUAUGCUCUUAUCACCAGAUGUGUAUCUUUAUAUUGUCUCUCUCAGCAGAGGCUCAGAACUACACCUUUGCUGGAUUUAAUUUAACAUUUGGGCUCCCUGUAGCCUUUUCUGCUGAAGGGCAGUAGGACAGAUUAGCAAACCUGGUUUGAAGAGGUUGUGAUAAUACCUUUAUCACAUUAUGGUAAACGUACUGUUGCCUUACCACUACAACUCUGAUAAGAAAUAGAUGGUUUGUCAUUUCUGUGGAGGGAAAUUACAUUACUUUUACCAGAUUUUAUAUAUAUAUGUGUAUCAUAAAACCAUUUAUUAUCAGUUGCAACAAGAAACAGAAGCCUUAAAAGGUCCAGUGUGUUACAGUUAGGUGGAUCUAUUUUCAGGAACAGAAUAUAAUACUAUAACUAACUUCAUUAGUGUGUAAUCACCUGGAAAUAAGAAUAGUUUUUGUUACCAUAGUUUUUAUCUACAGACGUUACGUAACAUCUACAGAUGUUAAACUGCUAUGUUUCUACAGUAGCCCAGAAUGGUCAAAUACAGAUGUUCACAGGUGUUCAGUUAGUUGCAGUUUGAAACUUCACCACUAGAUGCCACCAAAUCCCACACACUGGUCCUUUAAAAGGAUUCGCAUGAAUUUGAGUUACUGUUUUAAUGUUCACUGAUGUUUCUUCAGGUAAUGUAUUUACCCUUGUUCUGCAAAACCAAAAGCAAUUGUUGCCUUUAAAGUAUUUUACCUGAACAAACAACUCAUUAUUAGUCAUUAUAAUCUACCAGGCUACCAGAAGAUAUAAAGGUCUGUGAUAAUAUACACUAGUGACAUACUAAAAUCAAAAAUCCAAUCCAAAAUGUUACGGUCUUGAAAUUGUAUGUAUGUGAAAUAUGUAUCAUGUUAUUUUCUCAAAUAUAAACUAUUUAUAUUUCA